CAAACGGGCAGCGGCGGUGGACGUGUGGGUAUCGGCUGUGGUGCUUUUGCGGGUGAAUCUUUUCCUUGCAAGGCGGGCAGGUAAUCCAGGAAAGUUGGAAAACUGCAUUCUGUCAACAACAUAAAAAUGGAAAACAAAGAAAAUGCUAACAGAUUUCUACGGAAUGAAGUGGACAGUACAUUCGAAAACACUUUUGUUUCCCCUAAAAUUUUAAAUUCCUGUGCUGUAUUAAAACAAAUUAUGCCAGGUGCAAAUUGUAAUUCUCUAAACGAUACUGCAGGAGGAGAUCCUGAAUCUGCUGCAGUAAAAUCCAGGGUUAUGUCACUAACUCAGACCUUUUUACAGAAAACAAACACAAAAAAACAGAUAAAACCAGAUGUCCCCAACUCUGUGCCACACAUUUCGGAAAAACACAUACUUGGCUCAUAUCGUGGCAAAAUAGUCUCUUCUAAGGUAAACUCCUUCUGGAAGCUCCCAACAAAUGAGGCUAGAAAAAAUUCUCCAAGUGAUUUGUUUAAAUCAAGAGUAAAGACAGGAUCCACAACUAAUAGUACAAGCACAAGGGAUGCUAAAUUCACUAGCAGCACUGGUGCUCCUAAGCUUCUAAAUUCUACCCCUUUCCAAGCCAGAACUGUAAGAGUUUCUGUUUACCAUCCCAAAACUAUUCUGAAUCAUGAGAAACAAUCCCUCGCUGGUGUGUCAGAGAAUAAUGGGGCAGCCCACAGAAACAGGAACUGGAAACCACUAUUAAAGACUGUUCCAGCCAAUGCUAAUAAUUCUGUCCAGAGGACAAAGACACUUGCUCCAUCUAGAACUGUAACAGGAAGCCUAAAAGCACCAGUUUCUGAAAGUCAUGCUACUAUGUCAGCUUCAAAAUCAAUUGACAACAACAAAGUUCCAAAAACAUCUGCAGAUGUGAGAAGAGCUCAGCUAGCUGAAUGGCAGGCUUCAAAAGGGGUAAAGAAGCUACCUCAUUCCAUACCUGUAAAUAGCCAGCCUAAAACAGCAACAUGUCAGCAAACUAUAAAAGAGCCAGUUGAAUCUUUCUGGGCUACCAUAGUUGAAGAAGAUGAACAAGGACUAUUCAGCGAUAGGGUCAAUAAGACACUUGCAGAAUGUCUGCACCUCAUCGAAAAGGGCUGUGUAGGUGAAACAGUACAUUCCACUUUGGAAAAGCUGAUAGCGACAGUGCCAGAUGCAAAAAAGUUUGCUAAGUACUGGGUGUGCCAGAUGCGUCUUGAACAGUUUUGCUCCAUGGAAAAAGUAAUCGGCAUCUAUGAAAAGGCAAUUCUUGCAGGAGCACAGCCUAAGGAUGAGUUACGUCAUACGUUUGUGGAUGUUGUAAAGGCUAGAAGAGAUCCACCAAAAUCUGAUGAAAAAUGUGUGAAGGAAGAAAAUACUGUAAAUCAUGAGGGAACAGUAGCUGAAACAGAGACAGAAGAGGCUUUCAAGGAAGUCACUUUGAAUAAUGAGGUGGAGUAUAGUAAUGAGGCCUCUCAAGAAUCAACAGAAGUUUGCUCAAAAACCAAACAAGGCUUUUCUAAGAAAAAAAAGAACAGAAAUAAAGAACAGAAGCAGAAACCUAUAGACUUGAAAAAUGAACAAGCUGGUACCAAUACAGAGAAAGAUGGAAUCUUAGAGAUUGAAACUCCUGAAAAUGAAAAGAGUUCAUAUUUAAUAAAAUAUAAUUUGUCAACCACUUCCCAUUUGGAAAGCACAAAGAAAAAACUGCAGUGUGAUGAUUCUACUAUUAAAGAUCUGAAAUUCCUAACACCUGUGAGACGGUCUUGCCGCAUCCAUGAAAAAGCAAAUAAGUUACCAAGUAUGCUGAAAGAUCAUAGCCCUUGUGUUUCUUCGCUUGAACAGCUUGGAGAAUUGGGAGAUGAAGUCACUGGUUUCAUCUACAGACCAAACAAUGCAUUGCAAACAGUCUCUCUCUGUCAACAUGAGCAAAACUGAGUGAUAAUACAUGAUUUUAUUUAAGCUGAAGUCCUUUAAUUCAGUGCAGAGUUAUGUUGCCACAGUUUAACUAUAACUUUUAAUUUAGUUUUGCUGAUAAUGGAUAUGUAACAUAUGGGAAGGAUACCUAUGCUUUAACCAUGUGAAAGAAUUACAUUUAUAUCAGUCUUAACCACUGGCAACACUAACCUAAUCUUAAGAAAUGUUAGCAUUUAACUAAGUUGAACUUUGUGAGCAAGGAACACGGGAGUGUUGUAUCUAAUUUGUAGAUCUGAAGGUAAAUCUUUACAAAUAUUGGCAAUAGUUACUAAUCCUAUUUGCUAAUAAUUUCAGUGUGUAUUUCUUAUAUAACUGAGUUUAACUGUUGGUCUUGUAAACGUUUAAAACUUCUUUGUCAAAACAUGGCUAAGUUAUAUAUGAUCUCUUGAUAUAUAUGUAUGCAUGUUUGUUGUAUGUUUGGGUGGGCAGAGAGACUGAAAUAAAGAAC